CCUCCAAGGAAGGAAAACAAAGGGCGUGGGUGGGUGCGACAAUGCCUGGCUCAAAACGAAAGUGCGACGAAGACACCUGGAUAUCCACGCAGUCAAAAAAAUUUAAAUGUGGACAACUGAUGGCCAACGUGUACGCUUCGACCCUCGCACAACUUCGAAUGGGAGCUAGGAAGGUGUUCAACUCCGGGAUAAGUCAUCAUAAUAGCCCAACAGAUCAGCAUCAGGGCAAUCAGAGUCCGGGGUCAUCGUCAGCGUUUCAUAGUCCACCUUCCAGUCCGCCAGCAUCACCUCUGAUGAGAGAUUUAUUAAGUGACGAUGACAUGAACCCCCCUUCACUUCAGGCACAACUGCCACUUGAAAUCUGUUCCAACUGCCGAUCAAAAAGGGAAGGAUGGGAGAAAUGCUAUUACUGCGAGAAGGUGGUAUGUCACUUGCAUAAUUGUCAAGACUGUCAGAAAGGAUAUUGCAGCAAUUGUUGUAUUACCAAAUAUGAUAAUCCAAGUGGAGAUACAUAUUCCUGUUAUAGCUGUCUCCACUGAACAAGAUGAAAAAGAUGUAUUUCAAUAUUUUAUCCUCCACUGUUGUGACCUAUUAUUGUGAGAUCCUCGGAUUCUCAACUAAGUUAAAUAAGUUUAGGUUUUUUGCAAUACCAAAGAUUUUAAUGAUUGAUUAAGAAAUUUUUAUUUCCAGAAAUUAUAUUGUCAAUUUUGUGCGUUAUGCCAUUAAGUUUGUAAAUAAACUCGGUAUCGUUUUAA